AAACAGACAGGAAGUGGUACUGUGGAGCAGUUCAGAGACAGGCAGACAGAAGACAAGCUGUCUUAAUUUCAUAGAAAUAAAUUCUAAGCAUGAAGCCGGCAGUUGAUGAAAUGUUCCCUGAAGGAGCUGGACCAUAUGUAGAUCUUGACGAGGCUGGUGGAAGCUCUGGACUUUUGAUGGACUUGGCAGCCAAUGAAAAAGCAGUACAUGCUGAUUUCUUUAACGAUUUUGAAGACCUAUUUGAUGAUGAUGAUAUCCAGUGAUCAAACCCUGCUUAUUCAAGAGUUUCCUGCUUCUUUUAACAUUACAGCCUGUUUAAAAAAGACAUUGUACAAUAAAUGCAUCUAAAAUGAAAAGUGAUGUUCCUGGAGCUACAGUGAAAAUUCAGUGGAGUUGUCCAUUGCAUUAAGCACCAGUCGUGUCAAGUCAUAUUUUGUUACAAUAAAAUGCUGUAAAAGAA